AUGUUUCAUGCUAAAUGCUAUGGCAAAAAUUGUUGCUCCAGUGUGGUUCUUUUGGAAUAUGUUGCCUGCUACGACCUCACACUUGAUUUUGGCAGUGGAGACUUCUUAUCACCUGUCCUACGUUGUUGUGUUUUUUUUGCUUGGUUGGGAAUCCGUGGAACUUUGAAGCUGCCUUUCGGCCCGUGGCUUGCCGAAAUCGUGUUGUCCAGGGUCAUCACAUGCCACGUCGAUAGCUAUCAAUACUCUAAGAUGGACUCCUCAUCGUCUGAUCUGAGGGUCAUGGAGCAGUUGUCGCCCGAUCCGUUUGAGCAGGAGGAGUUCCGUAGUGACGGCUCCGAAUGA